AUGAAGAGCUUCCUUGCACUUCUAUUCAUUCUCCUACCCCUUUGCCAUUCUGCCGCUAUACAGGAUUCGACUCCUGUAGCUGCGAACUGGCCAAGAGCAUGGAGAGACUGUGCGUUCAACCACUAUUGUGAUGAUAACAGAGAUUGCCGCAGUCAAAAGGAUUGUUUGGAUAAGGCUAAUUUAAAAAUUUCCGUUCGUCGCUAUGUAUCAAUAGGAGCAUCGCAUAGACUGGAUUUUCUGUGGAAGAUGGAUGAACUUGGGCCAAUGCUGGGUUUGGAGAGUAAGUCCAUUAAUCUCAAAUAUUCUGAAGCAUGGAAUGAGGAAGUGAGGUGA